AAAAUAAAAGCUCACUGUACAAGGAAAAGAUAUUCAUUUAUAAAAUAACGAGGAGGAAGUCAAUACCAAGAACAGAAUCCUCCAUAUUUCUCGGGCUUGUGUGUCGCCACCAACCCACACUAUGAUGCACCCAUUUCAAAUCAUUCUCCCCAUUUCUUUUCACCUCCUAUUCUAUUAUUUAUUUCAUCAAUAUUCACUAAUUAAGACUAAAUCUAAAACCCCAAUUCAGGAAAAACCAUUGAUUAGCUUAACAAACAAAAAAAAAAAGGCGCAUGCGUGAUGGCUUUAAGGCGUUGGGAGCAAGUGGAAGGAAAGGCCCGACUCCGAGCCGCGCCUUCCAUCCCUGUGCGCCCGAGAGAACCGAGUGGUCUUGAGAAAGAGAGAGAGAGAGUAAGAAGGCCAUCUUUGGACUGAUUCGUUCGUUUCGAGCGCAUCUCUCUCUGUCCAUCACUUUGCUCGCUGUGGGUUUCGCUCCCCUGGUGACACCGAAUUCGGACGAGUAGGCGAGAGAAACCAAGAGCCCAAGACGCUCUCUUUUGGCCCUGCCUUCCCAUCUGUUCCUUCUUUUCUUCUAUCUCGCUCUUCGAGGAAUCCACCUCUCUCCUCUUCUUUCUCCUCCUCCAUGGCUGUUCAAGCCCAGUACCCGUCCAACGCUCUGAUUUUAAACCGAAGCGAGCAGGAGCGGAAGAGCAUGGAGUUUUCCCAAGCGCCUACUGGGUUCCGGGACCAAUCCGGCGUGUUCUUCUCCAAUGGAGCGAGUGGGAAUCCACGGAAGCGGGGAAGGGAAGCGGCGCCCAUUCUAAUGGAGAGCUCGGCGCAGGGGAACUCCAUUAAUGAUCUCCUCUCGCUGCAACCGCCGCCCGCUGCGUCGCUCUCUGCCCCGACGGUGAUAAGCCUCGCCCAGCUCCAAGCUCGUCCUCCUCCUCUCGUCUCCACCGGCCUCCGGCUCGCCUUCGAAGACCAGCACCAGCUUCAGAACCAUAACCAGGCCAAUCCCCUGCUUUCGGCCUCGCUCUUCCCUGUUCUCUCCGAUGACCUCGCCCUCCAACUCAACCAACACCAGGACGAAUUCGACCGGUUCCUCCGCGCCCACGGAGAGCAUCUCCGCCGGACGCUGGCGGAGAAGCGGCAGCGGCACUGCCGGGCUUUGCUGUGCGCGGCCGAUGAGGCGGCAGCGCGGAGGUUGAGGGAGAAGGAGGCGGAGGUGGAGCAGGCGGUUAGGCGCGCGGCCGAGCUCGAGGAGCGCCUCGCCCGCCUAAAGGCGGAAUCUUUGGCGUGGCAGGCCAAGGCUAUGGCCGACCAGGCCACGGCCCUUGCCCUCCACGCCCAGCUCCAGCAGGCCCAGGCCGCGGCGGCAGAAGAGAGGGAGGGCGAGUGCCGCGACUCGCCGGCGGAGGACGCCGAGUCGGCCCACGUCGAUCCGGACCGGGCGCCGCCGGCGGCAUGCCGGUCGUGCCGGUCGGCGCUGGCUUCGGUGGUCGUCCUUCCAUGCCGCCACCUCUGCCUCUGCACCGACUGCAGCGACGCCGCCCCGCCCUGCCCCGUCUGCCGCUGCGCCACCACCGGAAGCCUCCCCGUCUUCUUCUCGUAAUAAACGAGACCACCCCCGCCUCCUUAUCAUCACAGUCCAUAACCCAUCACUUGCCGUCAAAAAUUACCGACAAAAAAUAAUAAAAAAUUGAGAAAUUUAGAAUAGGCUAGACCUUAGAGAGUACCAGUGAAGAAGACCGAAGAAAAUCCCUCUUUUUUUUUUUUGAAAA